ACGCGCCUGGCUCCUGGGAAGGGGCUCAGGGCCUGGGCAGGGCCGGCUGUGCUGCAGCUAUGGACCGUGAGCUGGCCUGGCCUGCCUCCUCGCCGGCCCCGCCUGUCUGCAGCGAUGUCCACCGUGAGCUCCUUGGUCUACAUCAUGGUGGAGCUGGCCAUCGCCGUGCUGGCCAUCCUGGGCAACGUGCUGGUGUGCUGGGCUGUGUGGCUGAACAGCAACCUGCAGAACGUCACCAACUACUUUGUGGUGUCCCUGGCGGCGGCCGACAUCGCCGUGGGGGUCCUCGCCAUCCCCUUUGCCAUCACCAUCAGCAUCGGGUUCUGUGCCGCCUGCCACAGCUGCCUCUUCUUCGCCUGCUUCGUCCUGGUCCUCACGCAGAGCUCCAUCUUCAGCCUCCUGGCCAUCGCCAUUGACCGCUACAUCGCCAUCCGCAUACCACUCCGGUACAACGGCUUGGUGACAGGCUCGAGGGCCAAGGGCAUCAUUGCCGUGUGCUGGGUGCUCUCGUUUGCCAUCGGCCUGACUCCCAUGCUGGGCUGGAACAGCUGCCGUCAGCAGGAGGGCAGAAACCACUCGCAGAACUGCGGGGAGGGCCAGGAGGGCCAGGUGCCCUGCCUCUUCGAGGACGUGGUCCCCAUGAACUACAUGGUGUACUACAACUUCUUUGCCUGCGUCCUGGUGCCCCUGCUGCUCAUGCUGGGCGUCUACCUGCGGAUCUUCCUGGCGGCCCGGCGACAGCUAAAGCAGAUGGAGAGCCAGCCCCUGCCGGGGGAGCGGGCUCGGUCCACGCUGCAGAAGGAGGUCCACGCGGCCAAGUCCCUGGCCAUCAUCGUGGGGCUCUUCGCCCUCUGCUGGCUGCCCCUGCACAUCAUCAACUGCAUCACCUUCUUCUGCCCGCAGUGCAAACACGCCCCGCCCUGGCUCAUGUACCUGACCAUCAUCCUCUCCCACACCAACUCCGUGGUGAAUCCCUUCAUCUACGCCUACCGCAUCCGCGAGUUCCGCCAGACCUUCCGCAAGAUCAUCCGCAGCCACGUCCUGAGGCAGCGGGAGCCCCUCAAGGCGGCGGGCGCCAGUGCCCGGGCCCUGGCCACUCCCGGCAGUGACACGGAGCAGGUCAGCGUCCGCCUCAACGGCCACCCUCCCGGGCUGUGGGCCAACGGCAGCGCCCCCCAGGCUGAGCGGCGGCCCAAUGGCUACACCCUGGGGCUGGUGAGUGGAGGCAGUGCCCGUGAGUGCCACAGGGACACAGGCCUCCCAGAUGUGGAGCUCCUCGGCCAGGAGCUCCAGGGGGAGCGCCCAGGGUCCCUGGGCCUCGAGAGCCCCCAAGCCCAGGGUGGAGCGGGAGUGUCCUGAUGACCCUGAGUCUGCCCCUUCCUAAGGGAAGGGAAUCUUUCUCUUCCUGGCUGGUGGAACCGGUCAUGUCGAGAGAAGCGUGCAUGUGCUGGAGACCCUUCUCGUGGCCGGUUCCCACUUGGGACUGAGGAGGAAGCCCCGGCUGGAGCAGCAUGAGGCCCAGCAGGAAGGGUCUGGGGUCCGAGGACGCGGACGUCUCACGCUGGGAGGCCCUGCACCAGGCCAGGGCCCCAGCGCCAGAGCAUCUUGGCUGGCCAGGGCCAGUCCCCGACUCCAGAGGCACCCAGACGUGCCACCUUGUCCCCGCAGAGCAGCUGUGACAGAGCAGCAGGUUGGCUGGCCUGAGGCUGGAGAGUGGCUCCAAGAGGCCACCUGCCACCCACACACCACCCUCCCUAGACUUCCCAAGGGUUUAGGAGCUGUUGUGCUCAGAGGUGGCAUCUUUUCCAGGAGAAAAUGUAAGCGUGAGGAAACCCUUUUUAUUUUCUCUUCCCUCCCUGGCUGCUGGCUCUGGAGUUGGCCCAGGGAGUCCCAGCAGCCCUCUCCCGCUGCCGUGAGCGGCCACGCACACCUCCUUUGAGGACGGCGAGGUGUAACAGAGCUGUGCCAGCGCAUGGGCACGGGGAGGAUGCUGGGCCGGCCAGCAUGGCUGAGCCUCGGAAGCGCAGCGCUGCCCAGGUAGAGGCCCCAUCUAACUGCCUUUCCUUCUGAAGGGAAUUUUUUUUUUUUUUUUCUGAGAUAAAAUAAAAAUGAGCCACGUUGUGUUUUGAGCUUGUC